GAACAUACCCGAAUUCCUCACUCAGUUCAGGAUGGACAGCAACAAUUUGAGCAAUCUUCUUUCCGAAAGAUCUGAGCAAGAACUCCAUUUCUUCAAGCAAUUUCUUGUUGUGUUCGGAUUUUCCUUUAGUUUUUUGCUCGCCCUUGUCGGAUUGAAGUAUCAAAACUCAGAUGGUGCUCUAUUCCACGAACACGGUGUGAUCAUGGUGCUAGUAAUAAUAGAUGUUUGUACCGGCACUAUAGCAUUGGCAAUGGUGACACUACCAAAUUCCCACAAUAGUUCUCUCCUUUUAGUUGAGUUUGUGUGUCUUAUUUGUGGAGCUUUUGCUUGUGACUUGCUCAUUUUGAUACUUGUCCCUCCCUUUGGGUGGUUUAUGCUCAUCAUAUGUGCACUUGGUUUUGUAUGUAUACUUUAUAGCUCGUACCCACAAAUCCUCGAAUCAAUAUGGCAAGCACCUUCCCAAACGCCCAAUGGAUCUCCCAUGCUAACUCCCAACAAGGCAGAGACACAAAUGGCAGAAAUGGCAUAAUGUUUAAUAGUUGAUUCACCAUUAUUUGUCCUCUCAUGAACACUGAAUGGAUAGAGAUUAUGUCUUUAUUUUGCAUAGAUAUGUAGUAUGGUGUUAGUGCUUUUUGACUCAAUCAACAAAGCUAAAAUAUUUAUGAGAUUGUAAAAUUUGUGAUGUGUGCAUCAAUAGAAUAUGAAUAACCUUGGUUUGAAGAUAUGACCAAUUGGAUCUGAA